AUGAAAUCUAAGGGCAACAUUGCCAGCACGCCCUACCUCAGGGAACGGGCAAUGCGUGCCAUCAGCCUCAGGCUGGUUAUCACCCCAGCUCCGACACUAACACUAUCAGCGUUCUUACCGGGAGUCAGAGCCAACCGGCUCGUACUACUACCGCAAGCACCCGAACCAGCUCUUCCCUUCCAUCUAACUGCGGGCCCCGGUUGCUGCCGGUCUCCACAGCAACGGCACCGCGUCGGAAAAGUGACACCAAAGCAACCAGAGCCAAAAAAUGCUGAAACUCCAGAGGAAGACCAGCAGUCAAUGGAACAGGAAUCUGAAACAGCUAAAAAUGAUUCCAGGAAGACUGAAGAAGUAAUGGUAGUCAACACAGUACCAACAAACACUGAGCAAGCAGCAGCUUCUGAGCCUUCUCUUUGGAAAAAUGCAACUGAAAUAAUACCUUCCACUGAAGAAGCCAAGUCGCAGGAAAGAAGUGAAGCUAUCCCUAAACUGUCACUUUGGGAGCAUAAAUCAGAGGACAAAAAAUCUGAAUUUAACAAUUCUCUCAGUAGUGAGUGUGGGCCACAAGCAACUGUACUUAACAGUGAUUAUGCUGAUGCACAGUUGCAGAGUUUGGUGCAACGUUUGCGGGAAAGGACAUCACUGUACAAAGAAAAGUUGUUUGAACAGGAUAGCACCUCCUCAGAUGAAACUCUACCAGCCACACCAGUCAAAAAGCCACCUCCACCAGAGGAAGUCAGUGAUAAAAAGGAUGAGGAGAAACCAGAGAAAGAAGAUGAUGAAGCCAAACUUGAUGAGGAACUUGGCUGUGACAUCCUUGGUUGUAAAUUCAAGAAGCAUCCAAUCAAAAAGUUUGUACAGCGGCUAAAAAUACCUGAAAGUAUUGACACAUAUUCAGAUAUGCAGUACAUGACAUGGAUGAGUUUUGUGGUACUUGCCUGGAACUGGAACUGCUGGUUUAUUCCCAUACGCUGUGCUUUCAAUUAUCAGAAUCCACAGAUUCUUUCCAUCUGGUUAACUAUAGAUUAUAUCUGUGAUUUCAUCUAUCUGCUGGAUAUGUUGGUGUUCCAGGUCCGCUUGCAGUUUGUGAAACAGGGAGACUUAAUAAAUGAUAAAAUAGAAAUGAGAAAACACUAUAUGAAAUCAUUAAAAUUUAAGCUUGAUCUUGCAUCAAUAAUCCCAUUUGAUUUGUUAUAUUUGCUGCUUGAUUAUAAUCCCUUGUUUCGGCUAAAUCGCGUACUGAAGUUUUCAAUCUUCUUUGAAUUCAAUAAUCAACUGGAGUCUGUAAUGAAGAAAGCUUACAUUUACAGAAUUGCCCGAACAAUAGGGUAUCUGCUUUUCCUCUUGCACUUAAAUGCUUGUUUGUAUUACCGGGCUUCAGAUUUUGAAGGGAUAGGCAGCAAUAAAUGGGUCUACAAUGGCAAAGGAAAUAGGUACCUGAGGUGUUACUAUUGGGCAGUCCGGAGUUUGAUUACAAUUGGUGGUAUUCCUGAACCAGUCACUCUCUUUGAACUAGUCUUUCAGGGGUGCAAUUAUUUCAUAGGUGUCUUUGUGUUCUCCAGCUUGCUUGGUCAGAUGCGUGACAUUAUUGGGGCAGCUACUGCAGGCCAAGCAUACUACCAAACAUCUUUGGAUAACACAGUAGUAUAUAUGAAUACAUACUCGGUUUCAAGAUAUACACAGAAUCGUGUACGUAAAUGGUAUGAAUAUACUUGGGAAUCACAAGGCCAGUUGGAUGUAUCUGAGAUGAUGGAAGAUAUGCCAGUAAAGAUGCAACUGGCCAUUGCAAUUGAUCAAAACUAUGAGAUAGUCAGCAAAGUUGGUCUGUUUAAGGAAUGUGACCAGCAGAUGAUAUAUGAUAUGCUGCUCAGGCUAAAAUCAGUUGUCUAUUUGCCUGGUGAUUUUGUAUGCAAGAAGGGAGAUAUAGGAAAAGAAAUGUUCAUCAUCAAGUCGGGACAGGUCCAAGUGCUUGGUGGACCAGACGGUAAAACAAUUCUGGUGACCUUGAAGGCUGGAUCUGUAUUUGGAGAAAUCAGUCUUCUAGCUGCUGGUGGAGGCAAUCGACGCACUGCCAACGUGGUUGCCAGUGGAUUCACAAACUUAUUCAUUUUAGACAAAAUAACACUGCAUGAAAUUCUGGUGUAUUAUCCAGAUUCUCAGAAGAUUCUUAAAAAAAAGGCCAAAAAAUUGUUUGCAAAAGAUAAAGCCAAGAAAACUGAAGUCCAACAACCUCCCAAUACAGGACUGUUGUUCCUAGUUCCACAAAGACCAGAUACUCCCAAAUUUUACCGUAUCAUGCUAGCUGCAAUGAAGGGGAAAGGAUUAGACCUUCUAAGUAAAUUUAGGGAAACUGAAACCCAGGCACAUAACCAAACGAUGCUGGAUGCAACACCUGUUGGAACCAAAAAUAUAAAGCAAUUUGCUCCCGCUGAUAACGAGAGAUUGGAAGGCAAUGAAUGUUCAAAAACUGAAGAAAAGGCCAGAACAUGUGAACAAGGAGACUCCAGUCAUCCUCAAGCCAAACCUGAAGAACAUCAUUCACCAAAGCACCAAUCAACAUCCCAUUCACGUGAGGUUGUCAGAAGCAUGGAUAUGCAGAGUGCUGAAGAUUUUAAUACCAACAAGGAUAACUAAGAAUAGGGAAGUCACUGAGUACUGUUGAGUUGAUGAGAAAGUGUCUGAUAAGGAGUCAACGGUAAAAAACAAGCCAUAAUCCUUCAUGUUCAUUUGGGCCAUUUAUGACACCUCUCUCCUCUUUCUGGAUCGUUCUGUCUCUAUCUCAGUAGACAACUGUACACCAACAUUUACGGCUCCAUCUGCCUAUCAUCCCCUCCUCACCGGAAUCCAAUUAUUGCUUGCCAGCUUCUGCCGCACCACUCCCAUGUACCUCUUUAUACUGGCUGACACUCCUUUGUACUCUCAAUUCUGAUGCAGGCCCUCAAACUGUCAGCCAUUUUUUACUUCCGCAGACAUUCCUGACCUGCUGAAUUCUUCAGACAGCUUGUUUAUUUUUGUUCCAGAUCCCAGGACCUGAAGGGGCUUGUGUCUCCUUAACCCAUUCCCUGUUUAAUUAUGAUAAAGAUCUUAUUUGAUCUAUUUUUGAACUGAUUUAGUAUAAUAACAGGCCUGCAAUA